AUGGCGAGCCUCUCUUCCUUGAUCGCGUCCGUCGUCGACAAUGACCAGGGCGGCUUCGGCCCCUCUGCCUCGCACCUCCCUCCCCAGUUCAAGGACAUCCCCUACGCGCCCUUCUCCAAGAACGACAAGCUCGGCCGCAUCGUCGACUGGAACGCCGAGGGCACCUCGAGCGGCGCAGCAGGCGGAUCCGCACCUGCCGCCGCGGGCCAGGCAGGCCAGAAGGGCGGCAAGUACUCGCGCGAGCCGAAGGAGGCGUUUGGCGCGUCGGCGGCAGGAACGUUCGCGUACUACCACGACGAGGACGAGAGCUCGUUCUCGGUCGUGGCGGGCGGCGCGGCGGGAAAGAAGCCUGUGCAGGCGGGCGGCGGACUCCAGCGCAACCAGGGCAGGAUGCAGGGUGGUGGUGGACGCGGAGGUGCCGCGCGUGGUGGGUUCCAGCAGGGCGGCGGGCGGUUCCAGCAGAGCGGUCCGCGCGGGACGCAGCAGGGCGGCAGGCAGGGUCAGCAGCAGGGCGCGGGCGGACGCUUCGGCGGCGGAGGCGGCGGAUGGGGACGCGGCGGCGCGCAGGGCGGACGGAACAACUGGAAGGAGCAGAGGACCCGCGACGCCAGUGUCCAGGUCGGGAACGACUGGGUCUCGCUCGAGGAGAUCGAGUACUCGCGCCUCAACAAGCUCCGCCUCGAGGUCGACCUCGACGAGGCAGAGACCCUCUCCCAGCACGGUUUCCUCUACGAGUACGACCGCACUUACGACCGCGUCAACACGAAGAACGAGAAGCCGCUGCAGAACGUCGACCGGGUGCGGUACAACCCGACGACGUCGGACGACCCGGUCAUGCAGGAGCUCGCGGCCAAGGACCGCGGGCGCGUCUUCGUCACCGACAACAUCCUCUCGAUGCUCAUGUGCGCCCAGCGCAGCGUCUACCCGUGGGACAUGGUCCUCACGCGCGAGGGCGACAAGCUCUUCAUCGACAAGCGCGAGGGCGGUCCGUUCGACUACCCCUCGGUCAACGAGAACGCGGCCGACCCGCCGAUGGAGAACGAAAAAGACACGCUCAACUCGCCCUCGGCCCUCUCGCUCGAGGCGACCUACAUCAACCAGAACUUUGCGUUCCAGGUCGUCCGCGAGGAGCCCGAUGCGCGCCUCGAGGUCGAGCACCCGAACCCGUUCUACCAGCCCGACAUGGAGACCGAGCCGCUCGCGUCGUGCGUCUUCCGCUACCGCCGCUUCGACAUCUCGGUCACCGAGGACGAGGACGUCGGUCUCGUCGUCCGAACCGAGGUCGACGCGUUCACCAGGCAGCAGAACGAGGACCAGCCGUCGUUCAUCACGAUCAAGACGCUGAACGAGUUCGACCCGCGUGCUCAGGGUGCGGGAGGCGCACCUGACUGGCGCACCAAGCUUGACAGCCAGCGUGGUGCCGUCGUCGCGACCGAGAUGAAAAACAACUCCAGCAAGCUCGCCCGCUGGGCGGUCCAGAGUGUCCUCGCCGGCGCCGAGCAGAUGAAGAUGGGCUACGUCUCGCGCGCGAACCCUCGCGAUGCCUCGCGCCACACAAUCCUCGGCACGCAGUGGUACAAGCCGCGUGACUUUGCGACGCAGAUGAACAUCAAUCUCGCCAACGGGUGGGGUAUCGUCCGCACCAUCGCCGACCUCGCGCUCAAGCAGCCCGAGGGCAAGUAUGUCUUGAUGAAGGACCCCAACAAGCCCCUCAUCAAGCUCUUCCGCGUCCCGAUCGACGCCUUCGAGCCGACCGAGGACGACCUCCUCGACGACAGCGCUCUUCCCUCUGCCGCGCCUUCGGACGACGGCCUCUAA